ACAAGUCAAACGGGUACACCCUGCAGUAUAUAAGGAAGGAUCACAUUGUGUGGAGACAGUUUCCAACAUCCAGAUUACAGGAUAUCACAUAUCAUCUUCUGGUCUGGAAUUUUUCACAAAAAGUCAAAAUGAAAGAAGAUAUUGAUUUCCAGAAAACAGCCCCUUACAUCAUUGAUGGCUUUCCUGAUAACACCUAUGAGAACCCUGCCUUUCAACAAGAUGAAAAGCCAGAAAGUAAUGGGAUAGUAAAGAAGGAGACAGACAAUCAGAAAAAAAUGAAGAAAAAAAAGGAGCCUAUAUCAAUGGUGGGAUAUAUCGAGCUGUUCAGCUAUGCAGAUAGCUUGGAUGUAUUAUUGAUGAUUGUUGGUAUGUUGGCUUCUUUCGCCUGUGGCACUGGGCUCCCUAUUAUGAUUAUAAUCUUUGGACAGAUGACAGAUGCUUUUGUCCAAAGUGGAAUUAACAUAAAUGCUACUGUAUUGAACUUGACUAAUCUGACAGAAGAAUGUAAUCAAAAGUAUAUAGGAACUUUGGACAUAGAAGCUGAAAUGACAAAAUACGCUUACUAUUAUGUUGGCAUUGGCUGUGCUGUAUUCGUAUUGAGUAUUAUUCAAAUUUGGACCUUUCUGGUAUCUGCUGCACGGCAGACUCAUAGAAUUCGGCAGCGUUUUUUCAAAGCCGUGCUUCACCAGGAAAUGGCUUGGUUUGAUGCUACCCAAAUUGGCACCUUGAACACCAGACUAACAGAGGAUAUUAACACUAUUCAUGAAGGACUUGGGGACAAAAUUUGUAUAUUUGCCCAGUACUUUGCCACCUUCAUAACUGGAAUAAUUAUUGGAUUUGUGAAUGGUUGGAAAUUGACCUUAGUCAUCCUGUCAGUGAGUCCGCUUCUUGGUGUAUCUGCAGCAGUCUGGUCUAUGCUACUCGCAUCAUUUACAACAAAAGAAUUGUCUGCUUACGCACACGCUGGAGCUGUAGCAGAGGAGAUCCUUACAGCAAUACGAACAGUUGUUGCAUUUAAUGGACAAGAAAAGGCACUAAGUCAGUAUAAUGCAAACUUAAAAAAUGCCAAAAAAGUUGGCAUAAAAAAGGAAAUUACAACUAAUGUGUCCAUGGGACUCUCUCAGUUUCUCAUCUUUGGAGCAUAUGCUUUAGCUUUCUGGUAUGGAACCAAGCUCACAGUUGAUGAACCUGAUACAUAUAGUAUUGGCAAAGUUUGUAUUGUGUUUUUCUCAGUACUCAUUGGAACAUUUUCCCUUGGUCAAGCGGCUCCCAAUGUAGAGAGCAUUGCAAAUGCACGUGGUGCUGCCUAUGAAGUAUACAAAGUCAUCAAUAAGCAUCGGCCAAUUGACAGUAGUUCUAGUGAUGGACACAAACCAGAUAAACUUAUAGGACACAUUGAGUUUCAGAAUAUUCACUUCUCUUAUCCAAGUAGGAAAGAUAUACAAAUUUUAAAAGGUCUCAAUCUAAAAGUUGAUGCUGGAAAGACAAUUGCUCUUGUGGGGUCCAGUGGCUGUGGAAAAAGUACCACAAUUCAACUGCUGCAGAGAUUCUAUGAUCCUCUUGAAGGGCAGGUUCUGGUAGAUGGACAUGAUGUGCGUACACUCAACGUGAAGUGGCUAAGAGAAAAUAUUGGAGUUGUUAGCCAAGAGCCAAUUUUGUUUGGAACAACAAUCCGGGAAAAUAUUCACUAUGGAAGACAGGAUGUUACUGAAGAGGAAAUUAUUCAAGCAACCAAGGAAGCCAAUGCCUUCGAUUUCAUAUCUAAGCUCCCAGAUGGUUUAGAUACAAUGGUGGGUGAAAGAGGAGCUCAGCUCAGUGGAGGCCAGAAGCAGAGAAUAGCUAUUGCUCGGGCCUUAGUCCGUAACCCCAAAAUCCUGCUGCUUGAUGAAGCAACAUCAGCUUUGGAUACUCAAAGUGAAUUUAUUGUGCAGAAUGCUUUGGAUAAGGCUAGAGCUGGCCGAACCACAAUUGUAAUUGCUCACCGUCUGUCUACAGUCCGUACAGCUGAUAUCAUUGCUGGAUUUCACAAUGGUGUUGUGGUGGAACAGGGGUCACAUGAAGAUCUUAUGAAUAAACAGGGGGUGUACUAUUCUCUUGUAAUGCUACAGAGUUAUAAUAAAACUGAAGAGAAUGGAGAUAGUGAUAGCGAGGAAGCAGAAGAAGGUGAUGAGGAUGAAGGAGAAAUAUUUGAAUAUGAUGAUAAAAAUGAAGAGUUUGCAGAAAUUGCUCUGGACCCGCAAGACCCUCAUGCAUUGGAUAUCAUAAACAGACAUGAGAUGCAUAGACAUUCCAGCAUAAGAAAGAGACAUUCUACAAAAAGAAAAUCCAAAUCAAAGAAAUCUACAAGCAAUUCAAAGGAGGUUGUGGAAGAAGAACUUCCCAGUUUCUCUCUUAACAAAAUACUUGCACUCAACAAACCAGAAUUUUUCUUCAUUGUCAUUGGUGUCAUUGCUGCAGCCAUAUGCGGUGGCAUAUACCCAACAUUUGCUGUCAUUUUUGGGAAAAUGAUUGGGGCAUUCAGUAUCACCGAUAAGGAUGAGAGAAGCCAGAGGACAAUUCUACUUUCACUAAUGUUUCUUGCACUCGGUGUGAUCAGUCUGAUUGUUUAUGUCAUUAUGGGUUUUGCAUUUGGAAUAUCUGGAGAGAAUUUAACAAUGAGAUUAAGGUCAUUAUCAUUUAAAGCAUUGCUCCGCCAGGAAAUUGGGUUCUUUGAUGAUCAUGCAAAUGCCGUUGGAGUUUUGCUUACCAGACUUGCCACAGAUGCAUCUCAAGUGAAAGGAGCUACUGGAAGUCGCAUUGGAUUGAUCACCAUGACAGUGUGCACUCUACUGGCAGCGAUCAUAAUUGCAUUUGUGCACGGCUGGCAGCUAACACUACUUAUUUUGGCUUGUAUUCCCUUUUUGAUUGGUGCAAAUUUUAUUAGAAUGAAAUCAAUGGCUGGCCAUGCAUCAAAGGACCAAAAAGCUUUAGAAGAAGCUGGAAGAAUUUCUACGGAGUCAGUUGAAAAUAUAAGAACAGUUGUUUCCCUGACAAGAGAAGAGACAUUUUAUGAUCGAUACAAUGAUAGCUUAAGCGGUCCUUACAAGGACUCGUUGGCUAAAGCUCCACUUUAUGCCUUUACUUACGCACUUUCCCAGUCAAUAAACUACUUUGUGAACGCCAUUGUAUUCCGCUUCGGAGCCUGGCUUAUAGCACACUGCUACACACAGUUUGAAAAUGUCUUCAUUGUGUUCUCUGCAAUUAUUUUUGCUGCUAUGAAUGUCGGACAGUCCACGUCUCUUGCUCCUGACUUUGGAAAAGCCAGGGUAUCGGCCCAACGCAUUAUGAAGCUCUUGGAAAGGAAACCGGCAAUUGAUAGUUAUAGCGAAGAUGGUGAAAAACCGAUUGGAUUUGAAGGAAACCUUGAAUUUCGAGAUUUAAAAUUUGUGUAUCCCACAAGACCGAAAGUCCAAGUUCUUCAGGGGCUUAGUGUAAGCGUUUCCAAAGGGCAAACCCUCGCCUUGGUUGGCAGCAGCGGGUGUGGAAAGAGUACCUCAGUACAGCUACUGGAGAGGUUUUAUGAUCCAGUAGAAGGCACAGUGCUUGCAGAUGGAAAUGAUACAAAGAAGCUAAAUCUGAAAUGGCUGAGGUCCCAAAUGGGAAUUGUGUCUCAGGAGCCCAUGCUGUUCGACUGCAGCAUAGAAGAAAACAUUCAGUAUGGAGUCCUUGACAGACAAGUGACUGAAGAGGAAAUUAUUGAAGCUGCAAAAGCUGCAAAUAUUCACACAUUCAUCGAAAACCUGCCUGAUAAAUAUAAGACACGGGUGGGAGAUAAAGGAGCCCAGCUCUCAGGAGGACAGAAGCAGAGAAUCGCCAUUGCUCGGGCAUUAAUCCGCAAACCAAAAGUUCUGCUCUUGGAUGAAGCAACAUCUGCGCUUGACACAGAGAGUGAAAAGAUUGUCCAGAAGGCUUUGGAUGAUGCCAGACAAGGAAGGACAUGUGUAGUUAUCGCACAUAGGCUCACAACAGUACAAAAUGCGGACAUCAUAGCAGUAAUUCAAAAUGGACAGGUCAUUGAGCAAGGAACUCAUCCUCAGCUUCUGGCAAAACAAGGCGCCUAUUAUGCGCUAGUAAAUUCUCAAGUCACUGACUGAUUUAGAGUUUUUACUUUGAGAAAAUAUUUAAGAUCUGGUUCUGAAAUUGAACCCCUGCACAAACUAUGUGGUCUUCAGAACUACAGAGCAAAGAGCACAUUGACAUCUGAUGUUCAGCUACCACUGGACGAGUGUCGGGACCGGACUCGCAACAUUACACCAUGACUGGUUCAGUCAGAAAGGCACUUUUACUUUCUUGAAUGUAUGAUGUGAUCAUACAGCGUAUGUCAUUGUGAUGGGUUUCCACCUAUGCUGGGAAAUAUUUUUACUUUUUGGUAAAAUACCCCAAAAAUAAUGUUCCUGAACACUUACUUAUAUUUUUUUUAACCUUACCAAUAAAAGGGAUAACCUGUUGGAAAAUGUUAUAUCUACAAUAUUUAAUAUAUAUUUAUAAAAAAAUAAA